UAUUUGAUUUAAUGUAAAGAACUGAUCAAUUAUUGACAAUCGGAUAUUCAUGUCUUAAUUGAAUGAUGCGAUGAACCGAUUGAUGGACACGAAGAAGCCAUUGAUUGGUGACAAUGACAGCAACGCAAGUGGUCUGUCACUGUUGGAGCGAUUCCAACGAUUGGAGACAUUGUUAUCAAUAGGUCCGACACUUUUCGACGGCAAGUCCAUCAACUGUGAACUUCUUGCUGAUGUACUUCAAGCUGUUUAUUAUGAGUGUUACAGAAAUUCAAACACAACUCGUAAUAAACAACAACAAAAGUUUUGUGAAUUUGUCAAACCAUUGAUUGACAAGAUUAAUGAAUUGCAGCUAAAAACCAAUGAUUUUGAACAGUUAAAAGUGAUAGGAAGGGGAGCUUUUGGUCAGGUGGCUCUCGUCAAGGCCAAAAAUAAUGGAAACAUAUAUGCAAUGAAAACUUUGAACAAACUUGAAAUGCUUAAGAGGGCUGAGACGGCCUGUUAUCGUGAAGAGAGGGAUAUCCUUUUGCACGGAUCGCGUGAUUGGUUCACCAAAUUAUACUUUUCAUUUCAAGAUGAAUGCAAUCUUUACCUAAUUAUGGAUUACUAUAUCGGCGGUGAUUUACUUACAUUAUUGUCCAAAUACGAUGACAAUCUUCCUGAAGAUAUGUGUCGAUUUUAUACCUCACAAAUCAUUUUGGCUCUAUCCUCAUUACAUGAAAUGGGUUAUAUUCAUAGGGAUGUUAAACCCGAUAAUAUAUUGCUUGACUCUAAUGGACACAUAAGACUCGCUGAUUUUGGUUCUUGUAUUAAGGUUUCUAAUGUUAAAACUGAUGGGAUUUGUACUAUAGCUGUGGGAACACCUGAUUAUAUAUCGCCUGAGAUUCUUAAAGCAAUGGAAGGCAAUCGAAAUUCUGGUCUAUUAUAUUCAUAUGAAGUCGAUUGGUGGUCACUAGGAGUUGUCAUAUUUGAAUCCCUUUAUGGAGAAACACCAUUCUAUGCCGAGUCGUUAAUUGAAACCUAUUCCAAGAUUAUGAAUCAUAAACAUUGCUUUAAAUUUCCAAUUAAUGCAAAAGUCACGGAUGAGGCUAAAGAUCUCAUAUCACAUUUGAUUACUGACCAAAAUUCUAGAUAUAAAAAUUUAGACCAAUUUAAGGCUCACCUUUGGUUUACAGGUAUUCAAUGGGAUUCACUACAAUUAAUGAGACCGCCAUAUCAGCCAACUGUGAGCGGACCUGAAGAUACUUCCAAUUUUGAUAUUGAAGAGUUGAGACCACCUAAUAAUAAUAAUGCCAAUAAUGCAACGGCAGGAUUGGCUAUGAGUGCUACCAAAGAUUCUUUACUUAAUAUUCAUUUGCCAUUUGUUGGGUUUACGUCAACUUUUACAGCUCAUGAAGGAAGACAUAUGAAAAUUAAUGAUCAAUCAAUACAUAAUUGUUCAUUUGAUAAAAGUAAUGACAACUCAAUACUCGAAUCAUUACCACCAUUGCCUGAAACUGCAGCUCCAGAUGUUAUAAGUAUACCAAAAGAAACGAUUGAUGGUUCAACUGAUUUAGAUAAAAGUGUAACUCUUGAAAAUGAAUUGAAAGCCGCGAGACAAGAAUGGAGUGAAUUGUCUACACUUUUGACUGAAAUGAAAAAAGAGAAAAACUCUUUAUCAAUGAGAUUAAGAGCUAAAGAAGAAGAAUUGGAACAACAGAUAGAAAAAAAUACACAAUUAAGACAACAGUUAAGAAAUGUAGAGAAAAUUAAGAGACAGCAAAUCGAUGAUAUUGUGACACUUCAGGCACAGUUAGACAAAGAACGUGAGCUACGUAUUGAAGCUCAAAUGAUGAUUAAAGAAUCAGAGGACCGACUUUUGUUACUCGAGAAUCAGUCAUUUGAUUCAAAUUGUGUUCAAAUUAGUCAAAAUUUUGCUGAAAAAGAAGAAUUAUAUUUAGAAAGGAUUUCAGAAUUGGAACAACAAUUGGAAUUAUCGCAGCAAAGCAUUGCUAAAGAAGAACCAAAUGAAGAACACAUAAAUAAAUUAGAACAACAAGUACUUCAAUUACAACAAUUGCAACCAAAUUGGGAAAGACAUGUCAGCGAAAUCAUUGAUUGGGUCUCUAAUGAAAAGGAGGCUCGAAAUUAUUUACAACAAAUGACUGCUUCCAUGUCUAAAGAAUUAGAAAAACUUCAACUUCAACACCAACAAUACGUUAUGAGCCAAAGAUAUUCACCACCUGUUCAUCAGUUCUUGGGAACAAAUAAACAACAGAGUUGGCAGGAAAGGAGAUCAGCUCGUGUUGACAAACAAGAGUUACUACAAUUACAACUUGAAUUACAAAAUGAAAUCGAAGACAAACAAAGGGUUCAAAUGGAUUUGCAAAGAGUUCAAAGAGAGAUGAAUAUUGUUUUAACAGAAUUAAAUGAAACACGAAUUGAAUUACAGAAGAUUCAAGAACUGGAGAGAAAUAAGAGACAAUCGUUACCACCAACCGCUGCGCCCAAUAUUCUCAUUGCACAACAACCGCGAUCUCCAAUUGAACAUCAAAUUCAAAGCCAAUCGCCUAUUAUUGAAUCAGAUAUUGAAUCCAUGACUGAUACCUCUUCAAUAUCUGAUGGACAAAGAUUUGCGAUGACUUCACAACAAAAGCAUUCAUUUAUUGUGCGCACAUUUGUGGCACCACUUAAAUGCAAUCAUUGCACUUCACUUAUGGUAGGAUUAGUCAGACAAGGAUUGGUUUGUGAAGUUUGUGGCUUUGCUUGUCAUGUUAAUUGUAUGGGAACCGGUAGUUCAUGUCCGUGUGAGGAUGCCAGACAAAGACCUGUGGGAAUUGAUCCUAAAAAUGGCAUCGGAACUGCUUAUGAAGGUUAUGUCAAAAUACCUAAAGCAAGGGGUGGGGUAAGAAAGGGUUGGAUCCGUAUGUUUGUUGUUGUUUGCGAUUUUAAACUAUUUCUAUAUGAUCUCAAUUCUAAUAACGAUUCAUUGAGCUCGAGCUCCAGUUCUUAUAACACAUCAGCUCUUAAUCAAGAGGGCAAUGGAAAUCCACUUACAAUUACACCAUUUGUUUCAGUCAAUACAUUAAUUGAUAUGAGGGACGAAUUUUUUAGUGUCAGUGGAGUUCUUGAGAGUGAUGUCAUACACGCGUCGCGUAAAGACAUUCCGUGUAUAUUCCGAGUGACGACUUCAAUGUUGGGCGACGACGGCAGUCAACGGUUCACUCAACUUAUGUUAGUCGACAGAGAAAGUGAAAAAAACAAAUGGAUCGACGCUUUACACGAAUUACAUCGAAUUAUCAGAAGAAACAAACUUUCCAACAGAAAUUCAUUACGAGCGCAUACCAUACUAACGACAGUUCAAUUAAGUUUCUUAAGACAUCACAAUAAUAUAAACUGUUGUCUUGUUAUCGAUGAGACGCGUCUAUUGAUUGGCUGCGAUGACGCUCUACUCUGUUGUGAUUUAGAUAUCCAUUCAUACCAUAGACUUACUAACUCUAAGCGCAUUCAACAGUUGGCACAUUCACCUACAGAACAGUUAGUUAUAUGUUUGGCCGGAAAGCAGAGACAGAUUAAAUUGAUUCCAAUUCGCGGUUUGGAUAAUGAAAGUAUUGAAUGGAUUAAAAUUCCGGAGACAAAGAAUGCCACAACAUUUGCAUUGGUUUCGACAAAUACAGCAAAUUAUAUCUGUGUUGCCAUCAAAAAGACAUUAAUUUUGUUUGAAAUCACAAGAAAGAAAUGUCGCUAUUCUUUCUUUAGAGAGAUUCAAAUGCCACUUAACAUUCAAACUUUAAAUACAUGUAAAACAAGUUCAAUAGCAGUGGGAACCGCUUCUAAUUUUGUUGUAUAUAAUUUGAAUCAAAGAGAUUCGCCACCACUUUAUUUGGUUAAUCAAGAAUGCAAUGAAUUAUCGUAUUUAAUCCAGAAUUCAAUCGAUGCAUUGAUGUGCCAACCAAUCAAUGAUAAGGAAUGGAUUUUAAUAUUUAAUCAUUAUGGAGUUUAUGUGGACUCAUAUGGCAGACGAACCCGAGCUUCUGAACUUCAGUUCCCGACACAACCGCUUUAUAUCUCUACUCUCACAACUUCUGCUAUAUCUUCAAUGUUAUUAGCAUUUUCUUCUACACAUAUCGAUGUAUUUGAUUUAUCAUCAAUACAAUGGAUCCAAACAAUUAAUAUGAAAGCUACACGUCCUCUGCAGACAAAUGGACAUCAAUCUUUAAUUUGUUUGAGCGGCGCAUUUGACUUACCAAUUAUGAUACAAAUUGUUGCCUCAAAGAAAAAUGAAUGCCUCCUUAAAGUUGCCGGAGAUCCAUCAAAAUCUUUUACAUUGAACGCCAACGCUUCGAACCAAAGGUUUUCUCAAUUAGGUGCCAAUAAUAAUGAUAUUAUUAAAAAGAAUCCACGCCUUCAAAUUAGUGGUCCAUCAGAUUUCAGCCAUAUUUCACAUUUGGGUCCCGGGAAUGGACCGUUUACCGCUAAUUUAAUUGACUUAAGCCAUUCAAACUCUUCAGUCCAAGUAUUGAAACAAUCGCGCGAAGAGUUAAAUAACACAAGACGUCGAGAUUCCACGUCAUCGAGUCAUUCGUCUUCAAGUCCUUUCAAAUAUUGAGAUUUUUUUAUAAUUGAAAUAUUGUAUUGUAUUGUAUAU